ACACGUGAGAAAGAGGAGGCAGCAUUGAAGGAUGAGUGGGAUCGCCAGCAAAUUUUAGCUACCAAAUCCGGUCUGCUGAUGGAGCGACAGACGGAGCGAGCGAGGCGUGAAUUGAACCAACGUUUAGCUGAGGAAAACCUAAAAUUAGCACAGCAUCAGAAGUGCAUCCAGGAAUAUCUUAAUAAAGAGGUGAACGAUAAAAUUUGUUAA